GAUGUUAUGGAAUCAAUAAUCAUAACGUAAUGUAUAAUAUUAAUAAUAACCAGCCUGUAAAACUAAAGUGGUGUGAGCACCUGAAUAGUUCAUGGGUGCUAGAAGACUGCGAGACUAUUGCAAGCAGAGAUGGUAUCAAGUUGCUGUAUGAUAGACUGGUCUCAAACAAGGAAGUUAUUUCAGUUCCGAAUCAGACACUCGACCUCAAAGGACCAUCGUUGCCAGAUUUUCAGCAAGAAGGCCUCACUGUAGAGGAGCAAGAUCUGUAUUUGGAUGCACUACUCGCAAGCCAACUCAAACUCGCCCAGUCUGUGUGUGCAGAUACCCCAUUUGCGAGCACACUGCAACGCCGCCUGGUGGUCCUCCAGAGAAUUUUUUACGCAAUCUCGAGCAAGUAUCAUGACAAGGAGCAGCUGAAGCACCAGCAGGAAUGGUUGGACAUGGGCAGCGGGACGGGUGGCGAGCGGCUAGCCCUCGAGCGCGUGCGAUGCAGCUCGGACGCGCUCGUUGAGAUGGGCGUGCGCACGGGACUCACACUCAUCUUCACGCUCGUCCGACAGAGCUGGGAGCAGCCUGGACCUUCGCAGGGACUCUUCAACGUCGUGCUGCGCACUGCGAUGGAGGUUGUGACGUCGCUACCACCGCUGUCAUUGUCGAACGAGGGCAAGAUGCCGCAGAUGGGUCUCGAUAGUUUGAACCAGGUGACCGCGUUCCUAAAGAGUGCAACGUUGCCCAGCUGUGGUGCAGACACGCUCGGGAAGAGACUGUCAUCGGAGCUACUGCUAGGUCUGGCGUGCCAGCGUGGAUCUCUGCACCAUCUUUUGGAUUGGGUUGACAUGGCUCUAUGUGCCUCAGCGUCAUCUAGUGAUGAGAGCAGUGAAGUCAACUGCAUCACCUAUCAGUUCUUCUUUGAUGUGCUGCAUCAGAUGAAACGCUCUGCCGGAAGUACUGACACCUUCCAUCCAGUGCUGUUUCCCAUCAAGUGCAAUAGGCAGGGACAAACACCCCUGUAUCAGGCAGCUAUGUGUUUGAUGGAAGAGGUCACCAAGCUAGCAUCUGACUACGCCAAGUCUUGCUCCUGUGCGGAUGAGAACAAGAACACGGGAUGCGAUGGCGCGGACGUCGUGGCGGCGAGUGAGCAGAGCGAGGCGUACGUGUGGGGCAGCAACAGCAGCCACCAGCUAGCUGAAGGCAGCCAGGAGAAGGUCUUGCAGCCGAAGCAUGCCACCAGCUUCGGUGGUUCGCAGCAGAUCGAAGCUGGCCAGUACUGUACCUUCAUGAUUUGGAACGACGGGAGUGUGAGCGCUUGUGGAAAGGGCAGCUAUGGACGGCUAGGUCUCGGCGACUCCAACAACCAGCCUCAGCCGAAGAAGCUCGUGCUGGAGCCGGCGCGCUACAUCCGCAAGGUGUCCUCGAGCAAGGGCUCGGACGGACACACGCUCGCGCUCACCGUGGACGGCGAGGUGUUCAGCUGGGGAGACGGCGACUACGGCAAGCUGGGGCACGGCAACAGCUCGACGCAGAAGUACCCGCGCCUCAUCCAGGGCGGCCUCCACGGCAAGACGAUCAAGUGCAUCUCAGCCGGAUACCGGCACAGCGCUGCUGUCACCGAGGAGGGAGAGCUGUACACGUGGGGAGAGGGCGACUACGGGCGGUUAGGGCACGGUGACAGCAACAGCAAGAAUCUUCCUACCCUGGUGAAGGACAUCAGUAGUGUAGGGCAGGUGUUUUGUGGCAGCUCUCACACGGUCGCUGUCUCGCAAGAUGGCAGAACGGUGUGGUCGUUUGGUGCCGGAGACAAUGGUAAACUUGGACACGGUGAUACAAAUCGGGUAUAUCGACCGAAGGUAAUUGAGACGUUCAUUGGCCUGUUCAUCAGGAAAGUUGUAUGCGGGAGUCAGUCAUCCUUGGCAUUGACAUCAACUGGACAGGUGUACUCGUGGGGCACGGGCUCAUGCCUGGGAUGCGGCAGCGCGGAAUCCUCGGCUCUCCGUCCCCAUCUCAUCGACGAGCUGUCCCAAGUACGCAUCGUCGACAUCGCGUGUGGAGACAGCCACUGUCUCUCGCUCACACACGACAAUGAGCUCUACUCGUGGGGAAACAACUCGAUGGGACAAUGUGGUCAGGGGCAUGCCACAAGUCCCAUCACUCGUCCUGCCAAGGUCAUCGGUUUGGAGGGCGUUCCCAUCCAUCAGAUAUCUGCAGGGACUUCGCACAGCAUCGCGUGGACGGCUCUACCCAUUGACAGGCAAGUGGUGGCCUGGCACCGGCCGUUCUGUGUCGAUCUACAGGAGGCUACCUUCUCCAUUCUUCGUACGUUCAUGGAACGCUAUUGCGACGGUUUCGACUGCCUGUUGCCCCCGACUCCAUUCCCGACCGCCAGCGAUCACCACCAGUUUGUGCUGCUCUGCCUGAAAUUGCUAUGUACGCACCUGUCAUUGGCACUCGCCGGUGGAGUUGCUUCUACAGUGCUGGGAAGCCAGGCCCGUCCGCUGAGGCAUCUGCUUUUCCGACUGAUGGACAUGCACACUCCAGAUUCCGUGCAAGUGAUGGUCAGCGAGACACUGUCUAUAGGAGCGGCACUGCUGCUGCCUCCGCUCACAGAGAGGAUGGAGUUGCUACACUCUCUGCUUCCACAGGGCCCCGAUAGAUGGGACAGCCUCUCUAGGGGACAGCGCAUGCAGCUGGGCAUCAUCCUAACGAGCCUGCAGGACAACAACCACGUCGCGUCGCUGCUCGGAUACUCGAGUCCCGUCGACCACAGCGACCCGCACUGCGGCCGCAUGGGCCAGCCGGGCGACACCCACCUCGCUGAGGUGCUCAUGAAGAUGCUGCUGCGCAACCUGUCGUUUCACACCGAGCAAUCUCUGAAUGAGCUAGAGAAGAACAGCGAUAAGGAGCGCCUGCUGCAGACGUUUGAGGAUGGGGCGCCACCAUCGCACCUACACGAGCUUCUAGCCUCGCUGCAGAAGCACCUGCUCGUCUUCUGCCACGUCAACUCCGCAGAGCGCCAGCUGGUAAUGCCUAGCAUCGCCUUGCUACACAAACACCUGUCGCUAAUGCUGCCCUUGGCAGGAGAGGUCGUUGCUAGGUCAGCUCAGCUGCUGCAGGAGAGCAAUGGAAGUCAGUCUGUUAGAGAGAAGCUCUCUGACGUGUUGUAUCGGUCGGCGGCAGGUGCGAUGCUCUCGCAGGUCAUUCACUCGCUGCUGCUGCUGCCGGAGCCGUGCAUGCGGCCACUGCUGCACGAGCUGCUCUCACUGCUGCCGCACCUCGACCGCCUCAACCGCAUGCUGCCGGCCGCCUCCGCCGCCGAGGAGCAGGAGAUCAGCGCGCCCGAUCACGAAUGUCUAGAGUUGCAGUGUAGUCCGGCAAAGGACUGGGUGUGGUUAGUGGACGUGGAGCGGGCCAUUGCUCUGCUAGUGGGGCGAUGCCUCGGGGGCAUGCUGUUUGGACACCCUCUUUCACGCGAGGAGAAGGCAACAGAAUCGUGGCUGGCAUCAAGUUUGUUGAGUAAUGGACUAGAGAGAAGCGUGGAGGAUACAGGUGAUUUGUUAAUCAGAUUAAUUAAUAUGAUAGUAAACUAUUCGAUGGGAUUGAACAUUUGUAGAAGGCUGUUUACGUUGUUCCUACCAUUGUUCCUACUGUUGUUCUUACUGUUGUUCUUACUGUUGGUCCUACCAUUGUUACCUGCGCUGACGUGUGCUGGUAUUUGCAUUGUAGAGUCGAUGUUAUCUGACUUGAUGUCGUGUGAAGGGCCGUACGAAGUUGGCGAGCAGAGAGUGUCACCAGAGAUCGCCAUGUUGCUUGACCUCGCACUCGGGGUCAACCGUGAGCUUGUGCAGGACAUCUGGGCGAGCAUGCAGGAGUAUGCCCUCUAUAAAGACUGGGACACGGCGGACGUCGUCGGGGACUGGCUGCUUCAGCGCGUCUCUCGCUUCCUCCUCGCCUGCCUGCUGAAGCACUGCGGCCUGCUGAACGUGGCCAUUCGCCGCCUGCGCGCCCAGCCCUCACGACAGCUGCUCUGCGUCUACCACUGCGUCUACAAGGUCCGUCGGAGAAUCAUCGCCCUCAAGAGGGCGCAGGCAUCGGCUGGUCGCAAACCAUCAGAGCGAAGUAAGAAGGCAUCGGAGGCGGAAAAGGAGGAGCAGGAAGAAGAGACACUCACUGACGAACACACAGAGAAGGAAGUUGACGACGAGAACGGCGGCGGGGAGCCGGAUCAGAUCCUGCCGGCGGUGACGACAUACGAGACGACGUGCCGCGCCGUCAUGCAGCGCUGCAGCUUCCUUCUCGUCGGUGUGAAGACCGCGCUGCCGGGCGAGGAGGACAUCCUCAGCUCACAGCAUCGCUUCCUCACGAAGGAGGACUCCGGACGGCUGGAGACCGUCGCCUACAACGUUGAGGAUAUGGAUGACAGUGGAUUGCGGAUGGCUGGCGCAUCACGGAGCGGUCGCAACAGCCGUAAUUCUCAGGCUCAUCUGUCACUGGAGGAUAGCGCUUCCGCCAGCGUCCUGAGUCCUCGCUACUCCCCCAGCUAUCAGGGAAGCACGGAAGACGUGCAGCAAAGCACGGCCUCAUCCACGGUGCAGUCACUGAAGUCAGUGAAGGAAGCCCUGCGCAGGCUGAGGUGGCGGCAGGAUCGCAUGGGACUCUGCAGCGGUCGCAACAUCAGCACGACGAGUGUCGUGUCUCGUCUCACGCACAGCAUACUUCAGUUCGUCUGCGAUGACACAAGCAGUGGAGGGAACAAACAAGAUAGUCCUGCUGGUGUGUGCACCGAACCACACACGAUCGCCUUGGCAAUGGAUUAUCAACAAACACGUGCCGAGUGUCGCCUGAAGGCCCUCAACCAGAUUCUCGAGCUGCUAUCGACUGCUCGGGAGAAGGGCACGGAGGAGGAGGAGGUGUGGCGGGCGAGCCGGCCAGCGUUUGUCUACUCACCUCCCAGUGUGACGUCGACGACGCUGCUACACUCUGUGCACAUGCAACUGCUGCAGGGAUGCUUCGGGCUCGGUCACUUCCAGGCCGACAUGGCCGCGGGGUCGCAGCUCUACCACUACCAGGAUGGAAUUAAAGCGGCUAGCAGUAGUACUCAGCAUCAGAUUCAGACGGCCGUACACCACAUCUAUGAGCAUCUAGUCAACACGCUGUAUGACAGCGAGCAACCUGGCUCUCUUGGUAAAGAAGCGAGGCAGCGCCUACAGCUGGUAACCAUGUUCACACUGAGUGUGAAGUACCAACCAGCAGAUAUCACGCUGGCCGUCAACUGUAACAUGCUACAGUUACUGUCCAAGCUGUGUCUUGGCAUGACCUCUCUGAAGCACCACUACCCUCCGCUGUGCAGCGGAUCUGACAACCUACCAUUACUGUUGCAAGUUUCUAGUAUGAGGCUUCUACAGAUACUUGAGAUAACAACAAGCAUCUACUCGAGCAAGCUGAGCAGUGCGGUGCUGCAGGUGGUCGUAGACCUGCUCUUCACGCACGUGCGCGCCGCGUUCAAGGGCUGCUGUGGCUGCGAUGUCAAGCUGCUACGCUCGCCUUCCGUCGGGUCCUCCAAGGAAGAGAUACUGGCAGCGAGUAGGGAGGAAGCCAGCACCAGCAAGAAACGUGCGCUGAGUAAGAAGGUGGCGGAGAUGGCACUGGCCGACCUUCUAGUAUUCCUGCGCAGAAUUGCCUCCUCAAAGGAAAUUCAGGCGAUGAUGGCCAAGGAGGACUGGGUGGAUAUGCUUCUGACCAUCACAGGACACACUCAGACAGGUGGACUGCUGGUUCCAAACAUCCGAGUGCAGUUGUUAGCGCUUGAGCUUCUGGAGGUGGUACUGCCUGCGUGUGAGUCGAGCAGCCAGCAGGAGCUGAUAGCCACCGUCGCGUCACAACUGUUCUGCCACCUGUCAGACAACAUGUGGAGAGCACCGUUUGCAAUUGCCAAAGAACAGGCACAGCAGAAGGAGUCUAAGCUCGAGCGGCAGAUACAGCGGCUGAGCGACACGGAGGACCACCAGCUGGCGCCACCGGAGAUUGAGCCAUGCGCGGAAAAUGUUCCGGCCCAGGAUGCGGCGUUCGACACCGACAGGACCGUGUGCUGCUCGGUAGAGGGCGGUAGCGUGCUCAUCCACGGACACAGCGGCCGCGGAUACGGCCUCGGCAACGUCGCUAUCACGUCCGGUUGCUAUCAGUGGAAGUUCUACAUCAUGAAGGAGAACAGGGGCAACGAGGGCACGUGCGUCGGCGUGUCACGCUACCCGGUGCACGACAACAGCCACCGCACGACGACGGACAUGUGGCUCUACCGCGCCUACAGCGGCAACCUCUACCACGGAGGCGAACUCUCGCUGACCUUCCCCAACUUCACGCAGGGCGACUACAUCACCUGCAUCGUCGACAUGGAUGUGCACACGAUCGCAUUCGGAAAGAACAAUGAGGAACCUCAUGUUGCAUUUGAAGAUAUUGAUGCAACAGAGCUUUAUCCAGCAGUUUUGUUCUACAGUAGCAAUCCUGGAGAAAAGGUUAAGAUGCUAGACAUGCAGAUUCGGGGCCUCCCACGUGAGCUACUGCCCGGUGACCCUCUGUGUGCUCCGAUGAACACGGCUCUAGCCGAGGCACAUGUCCACCUCAUAUGCAGGUUACACGAGGAGGGUAACUGGGCUUCGCACAUCAAUGAAGAGAUACUUAGGCGUUUGGCAUCAAUAAAGUCCUUGAUCGGAGCCGUGAAGGACGCGUGGCAGGAGGCGGGAGACGCGCAGCAAUGGCAGUCGUCCAGCCCUGCUAAACCUGAUCUAGAUGUUAAAGCCAACGAGUCGGAGAGUGGUGAGAAAUGGGAGGAAAGUAAGGAGGUCAAGCUGAAAGAUAGCGAGGAGGCCACAAAGCAGCAGGAAGAAGAAAAGGAUAAUGUGGAGACCACUGACAGGACUAGCCUUACUGAUAAUGAAGAAAAAGGCAGCCUGGAAUCCCUCUGCCAGAUGGUGUGGCCAGCGCUGGCUGUCAUGGGUGGUGUGGACAGAGGCCUGCGUGCGGGUGGCAGUUGCCUUCACCUCGCCACUGGCAAGCGAGGUAUCUUGCUCGGCGUUAUCAAAGAGGGCACAACUACAGUCAAAGUGCAGUGGGAGGAAGACGUUACGGUCAGUGACAUCAACAUCAAGAGCAUAGAAGCGUGUAGCCAGGUGACGUUCGAUGCCUCUAAGGUGAUUGACUUCCCGCCUGAGUUGUUGAUGGACCUUCUGCAGCUGUCUGGCACACUAGAGGAGAGAAACAUUGCCGAUCUCUUCCGGCUGCAGCAUCGCAAACUACAUCUUGAUGUCGCGCGGCGAGCGAGCACGCAGGCCAGCGGCUACGCCUCCCUGCAGGUCGUCGUCGCUGCGCCGACGCUGCGACCUCCGACCUCUCGCAGCGAGCCUAACCUCGCUGGCGCGUCGUGCGGCGACGACGCCGUCAGCGGCGACGUGCGUCUGCAGGUCGUCGAGAGCAUCAGCACGCGCAUGGUCACCGACAUCAUCCAGAGCUCGCUGACCGCAGUCGACCGCCGCCGUGCCGCUGACGCCGCGACGCACAACGCCGUCGAGCCGUGCGGCGCCGAGACGCCGACGGUGGCGCCCUCGCGGCACGAGGAGGCGGCGCCGCGCGACGAUGCACCCCCGCCGGCGGUGGCGACGCCGGGAGACGAGCUGAGCAUGAUGCGCGUCGUCACCGUGCAGCUGGCGGCGCUGAAGGCCGUCGCCGCGACGAUGGGAUGCGCGCACUAUGCAGAGAUGAUGCUGGUGCCGAACGCCGGGAUGGUAGGAGGCGCCGGCGAGGACGCACGCGCGGCGGCGCGCGCCGUGAUGCGGCACAUGGUCGGCAAGGCGAUGCAGACGUCGACGAUACGACGUAAUGUCACCGUCGUCGACAUUGAGCGGGCGCACAGCGUGAUCUUCAAAUCAGCCGUGCAGGGUCACGCUGAGGAUGAGACGGACAUACGCGGCUUGCACGAGAAGCUGGGCUCGCUGAGGAAGCGUAAGUCGUGCAGCCGCGCAACGACGCCCGCGCAGGACGUCGCACCGCAGCUGGAGGCUGCCGCACAGGUUCACGACCCUCCCGCCGUCAUGACAACCAACAUGGAGACCAUGCCCAGCCCCUCGGCUCUGCUGCAGCAGCUGAUAACACCGCAGGGAGUGCUGAACAUGCGGCGUGGAGUCGUGCGUCACCGCGCGGGCCGCACCAUCUACACCUCCUCUCCACUGCAACAGGGUUACCGACAGCUGUCAACGGCUGGAUCGCCACCCGAUGAGCAACAGAGUGACUCUGCAGCCACCUUGCCACCAAGACCGAAAACAGCACCGGUGACACCACGAUCUCCGUCACCACCUCCACCACCGAUCGUAGCACCUCUCAUGGAGAUGGGAUUUACCCUGCAACACAUAUGCAAAGCUGUGGAAAAAACAGGUCUGUCUGGUGAGAGCUCAGCCCAUGGCAUUAAUACUCUCGCCACUUGGAUGAUCGAACACCCGCACAACGAUGCAGAAUUUGGUGCCUGCUUACCGGGUGCCAUGUCUGCAGCAGUGGCUCCCUCUGGUGCAUGCAGCCUAGAGCGAGAGAAAUCCACGGAGAGGCACCCACCAUUGGCUAGAUUACUCAAUAGGCGGGAGUCAGCCGAUCAGAUUCAUGAAGAUCAGGAGCGAUCGUCUCGUCUCUUCGAGUCGGUUGACCUCACUGACCGCGACCUUGAGCGUCAGAGGUCAUCACGCUGCGAGCGGGUGGCCGUGCUUGAACGCCAGCGUCCGAUCUCAGACAUCCGAGCAUUCGUCACGAGCACGAGCCGGGCGCCAUCUUCAGCCGGCGGCGGUAGCAGGGAGCCGCGCGAGAUCACGCGCGAGCGUCUACACGUGAGAGGCGAGGCGCAGCCGAUGUACGACGACAUGCUGGACAUCGACGACGACGCGGAGUCCGACGGCAUGGAGGACAUGUUUAGCUCAGAGUUCAACGACCGCGAGCCGGCCGGCCUGGCGUUCGUAGACUUUGCACCGGACUUGGACGACUAUGAAACAGCCGUGAAGUGUGAGCUGUGUGACAUCUUCACUCACAGCUUCAACCGACACAUGAAGCUGAACCACCCUGGCUGCGGCGGCAGCUGCGGCAGGCAGGGAUACCGUAGCAACGGUUCGUUUGUCGAUGGCUGGUUCGGGGGCACUUGUGGCACGGGCAAUCCCUACUACCUGCUCUGCGGACAGUGCAGGGAUCGCUACCUGGCACAGAAGGCUCUGAAGACGGAAGCGCGAUCGCUAGGGAUGGGAGUGAUCAGCUCGAACCUAGCUGAGGUUGUGAGUGUAGCGCCAGACCUGCUGGGGAGCUCCGAGUCUCCGGCUGAAGAGGACUACAGCCUGCACGAGGAAGACGUGGAGAACUGCCUGUCCGGUGCUAAAGGCUUCGAUGCCGUGAAGACUUUUCUCGGUCUCACUGACCACCGGUCAGCCCCCGACGUCGUCCGAUUCACCGACACCGACCCGCUAGGAUUGAAAUACGUGCCCAUCGCCUGUAGCGACACGGUCAACAUCGAUGGUCAAGGAGUGGCAGGGCAGAGUAGAGAGGAGAUGGCGAAGACAUUGGGAGAACAGGCAGCUCUGCUGUCGACCGCACAUGACCGCAUGCUGGCCUUACAGCGCAUGCUCGCAGCUGCCCAGGUGCUUGUCGCUAGAGAGAUGGUGAUGCGCGCACUCUCACUGCUGUCAGUCAGCAAUUCGGCGUGCAGCCUCUCCGCCGGUCUCGAGGCGAUUGGUCUCGCCGACAUACGACUCAUCGUGCGACUCAUGUGUCUCACGGCUGCUGGGAGGAUAGAGUUCCCGAGCUCGAGUCUGCACCGACACGUGGCUCCCACGAUACCGGAUCUUGGCGGCUUGAAUGCAUCGCUGGGCCUUAAAGGAAAGUAUGCUAUCAGCAUCCAGUACCUCAGCACGGCCGUGAGCGCCCUGACAAGAGAGCAUCCAGAAGCAUCGCAGCUCCUGGUGCAGCUUUGCGUUCAGGACCUCAUGCUGGCGGCGAUGGGGCUGAACACGAGCGUGAUGGACGACGCGAGGAAGCGCAAGCACACAGCGAGCAGCGCCGCAGACGCCUUGCACCACCACCGCGCUCUCUCCUCACCCAGCUUCGCAGUCACGCAGGCUCUCGUCGCGCUGCUCGCCUGCAGCGGCGGCGGCGUCCUCGGGGACGCCAUCCUGCCGUCGCCUAGCAAGGACGACGCGGCAAAGUCUCGUAACUUCAUAGUCAGCCUAAUCUAUAAUUUUCCUUCUCUUCCAGCGCCACCGCAGAGUAUGGAGAGUAAGAAAAUGGACUUGAUGCCGCUCGCGAAUGCGCUCUCGGCGUGCGUGCUGUCCGCCCGGCUGCCCAGCCAGCACCGUGAAUGGGCAACACAUCAGCUACUGAGGUGUCUGAUGCUGCACAGUAGUCAGGCGCCGGAGGUUGAGGCCGACAUCAUGGGGGACCUUGGCGUCGGCGCCGUGACGCGACUAGAGGCGCAUCAGAACAGCGUCAUCAACUGUUGCGCGCUCCCCAACAAGAAUCUGCUGGCGUCCAGUGCGUGUGACGGCACAGUGCGCGUGUGGAGCCUCGCAGGCGGCCGCGCGCAGCCUCCGCUGCUGCAGCAGACCUGCGUGUUCUACGACGGCGCCGGCACGAUGAGCGCGGAGCGGCUGGACGGUCAGCCGCCGGUCAACGCCUGCUGCAGCGCGACCGGCCGGCUAGUGGCCGCCUCGAUUGCGGAACUCGUCAACGUGUGGUGCGUCGCCGGUGAGUGCAUCGACACGCGGCUCUCCCUGUGUGAUUCUCCUGGAGCUCUCACGCCUUGUCACGAGCGAAUGACGAUGCGCGGGCAAGGCAACCUGAUCACCCAGUCAUCGCAGAUCACCGCGCUAUGCUGGCCUCGUAACCGCGACGCCACGGCGGCGGCGGCGGCCACGGCGGUGUGCGAGAUGCGUCUCACGCACGCUUCCGAGCCACUCCUUAUUGGCUGUCUAGACGGGUCAGUCAGCGUCGUAGAUGUCAUCGAUGGCUCGACGUACCACCAGGAGGCACUGCAUCACUGCGCGCGGAAGGACGCUAACGUAUCAAUCAGCGCCCUCCAGUGGUUUGAUGAGGAGAAGCGAUUUGUCAUUGCCUAUGGUGACGGUGUAGUGGGACUGUGCAGCAGGGAUGCUGGGAAGCUGCCAUGGUUUACCCAUGCUCAUGAGAAUGCUGUCACUGCCAUCCAGUGCACACCGUCAGGACACGGCUUCGUCACCUGCGCUUCGGAUCUGACAGCAAAGAUGUGGACGCCCUCUGGUGGCAGGCUAGUGAAUGUCUGCACGCUGAGGCACAGCAGUGAGGUGUUGGCUGUGGUCGUGUGCCCACUGCCUGGCCGGGGUGAAGCACCCAUGCUGCUGCUAGCAACGGGCACUAAGAGUGGAUUAGUGAGCGUGUGGAAGGUCCCGCAGAUAAACGGUUCGACAAAGACACCCACCGAUGCAGACAAGGAGUUACAGGACUUGCAGUGCCUUGCUGCAAAGAUGGAGCAGCAGUGUGUGAUGAGUGCAAGAGGCCACCUAGCCAGCAUUGCUUCACUUGCUUUCCAUCCCGGAGGCAUGAUGCUUGCUUCAGGCUGCAGUAAUGGCAUUCUAAACAUAUGGUCACUGCAGGAUGGCUGCGUACUGCAGACGCUGGCAGGAAGUGGCACUGUUCAGGACCUUUCCUGGGCCAGCGAGCACAGACUAGCAGCCUGUUUUAGCAGAAGCAAGGAUGUGCUGCUGCUAGAGUGUGGCGUCGGCGCUCUACAUGUCAGGAGUAGGGUGGUCGCGGCGAGUCGGGCUGCUCUGAACGCGCGUGGCGUCAGGGGCCUGCACAACGCACCCUGCCUGCAAGGUCUACUGCAGUGGCUGCCGACGCUGCUGCAAGAGCAGCAUCAGUACGAGAAGGUGCACGUCGUCAGUGGGGAGCAGCUGAUGCACAGCACCUACCUGCAAUGCCUCGCCAUGCUCGCGCUCAGCCUCCAGCUGGAGCGCGUACUCUGCCACCCGCUGCACCCGCUGCACCACCCCGCCGAGGCGGCGGGGGCCGCCGGCGAGCCAGCAGGGGGCACCGUGCAUGAGUGGCAGUGGCUGCUGUCGUACUGCACGGCGGUGCGCGCGGCGGCGGCGCUGAGGGACGCGGCGGCGCUGCCAGCAACCUUCGUCGUGCCGGACGUGUCGAGGCGGACAGACGACGCGAUCUACAAUCCGUCCUGUUGGAAUCUGAAGCUGGAUGAGGAGAUCAUGUUGUGGGCGACGCAGCGUCCAGAGGACUGGCAGCAGGGUGGUCGCUGUGAGGUCUACCUGUGUGGAAGCGGCAGACACGGUCAGAUGGGCGAGGCCGGGCGAAGCUCCUGUACACCCAUCAUCACCCCGUCCUUCUCACACUGUCAGCAGGUGAUAUGUGGGCAGAACUGCACAUUUGUGAUACAGGCUAGCGGUACAGUGUUGGCGUGUGGGGAGGGCAGCUAUGGGCGACUCGGCCAGGGCAAUUCUGACGACCUGCAUUCCUUAAAGAUCAUCUCGGCACUACAAGGCUUUGUCGUCACGCAGCUGGUGACGUCGUGCGGCUCGGACGGGCACAGCAUGGCGCUGACGGAGAGCGGCGAGGUGUUCAGCUGGGGCGACGGCGACUACGGCAAGCUGGGGCACGGCAACAGCGACCGGCAGCGGCGGCCGCGUCAGGUCGAAGCUCUGCAGGGGGAGGAGGUCGUACAGAUGGCAUGCGGGUUCAAGCACAGUGCUCUUGUGACUGCCGAUGGCAAGUUGUACACGUUUGGUAAUGGCGACUAUGGCAGACUGGGCCACGGUAACACAUCUAACAAGAAAGUUCCCGAGAGGGUUGCGGCUUUCGAAGGAUAUCACAUCGGUUAUGUUGCAUGUGGCCUUAACCACACGUUAUGCAUGUCAUCUGACGGCAACACAGUGUGGAGCUUUGGAGAUGGAGACUAUGGAAAACUGGGGCUGGGAAGUUCCACGGCUAAGUCCUUGCCACAGAAAGUGGCGGGCCUAGUCGGACUGGGAAUGAAGAGCGUGCACUGCGGCACUCAGUUCUCCAUCGCACUCACAAGAGACGGCAAGGUCUACACGUUUGGACAAGAUCGCAUGAUCGGCCAGCCCGAGGCGCGCGCCCGCCAGCACAACAUCGCACAGCAGCUUCCCGGCAUGAUCGCCGCCGUCGUCGUCGACGCGGUCGCCGUCGGCUCGGAGCACACGCUCGCGCUGACGCACACGCGGGAGGUGUACGGCUGGGGCAACAACAGCGACGGACAGCUGGGCGUCGCGCACGCGCAGUCCGUCAGGGAGCCUCAGCUUCUCUCUGCGCUCGUCGGCAAGGAGAUAAAGCAGAUAUCUGCAGGCAGGACACACAGCGCAGCGUGGACGGCACCUCCCUUACCUCACAGGACUCCGGGAGCGCCCGCUCCUCUCCAGCUAGGUCUCCCGACGUCGAUACCGCCUCAGUACUCGGCUUUGAAAGACUGUGAUAUUCAAGCCAUCUGCAAGCGACUCAGGCUCCUUUACCAUUUCUCUGAUCUUAUUCUCUCCUCGUGGAGACUUCUCAACCUCAUUCCAGACAAAAGCUUAGUCACGCCAUACAGUAGUGGUCUUGAGGGUCUGAUACAAGGGCCUCUGCGCUCUCUCCUGGCACCUCGUGUCUACACCUUACCGAUGGUCAGGGUGACAGGGAGAACAAUGGUGCAGGGGAAAAACUACGGUCCACAGAUCACUGUCAAGCGUCUCGCGACACGGGGGAAGAAAUGCAAGCCGAUCUUCAUCCAGAUUUCUCAGCAGGUGGUGAAGCUCAACCCAGCUGAUCUACGGCUGCCGGCGAGAGCCUGGAAGGUGAAGCUGGUCGGCGAGGGAGCGGACGAUGCGGGCGGAGUCUUCGACGACACGAUCACUGAGAUUUGUCAGGAGCUGGAGAACAGCACCGUGUCGCUGCUCAUCCCGACACCGAACGCGUCCAGCGAGGCUGGCUACAACCGCGACCGGUUUUUGUUAAAUCCAGCACUAACUUCAGAAGAACAUCUCCAGCAGUUUAAAUUCUUAGGCAUCCUCUUUGGUGUGGCUGUUAGAACCAAGAAACCUUUAGAUCUGCAUUUGGCACCCAUGGUGUGGAAGCUGCUAGCAGGUAUGGAGGUAACAGCAGACGACAUUGAGGAGGUAGACUUCCUCUUCAUGCAGAGUCUGCGUGGCAUCUGCAACAUCCACGAGAGUGGCGUUACCAGCGACAACUUCUACGAGGUUAUACCUCUGGACUGCUUCCUGGGUCAGAGUGCAGAUGGCAGGUUUGUUCCUAUCGUGCCGGGAGGCAAGAGCAUUCCCCUGACCUUCAGCAACCGGUUGGAGUAUGCGGAGAGAACAAUUCAAUACAGACUUCAUGAGAUUGAUAUGCAGGUGGCAGCAGUGAGGGAGGGUAUGUCAUGGAUCAUCCCCGUGCCGCUGUUGUCGUUGGCGACGGCUCAGCAUCUUGAACAGCUUGUCUGCGGUAUGCCUGAGAUUCCCAUCGACGUGCUCAAACAGGUCAUCAGGUAUCGUGAGAUCGAUGAGACACACCAGCUGAUCGUGUGGUUCUGGAACAUCCUCGAACAGUUCGGCAACGACGAACGCGUGCUGUUCAUGCGGUUCGUCUCGGGCCGCUCACGCCUGCCCGCGAACAUCGCCGACAUAUCGCAACGCUUCCAGAUCAUGAAGGUUGACAGGCCGCGGGACAGCCUUCCCACGUCGCAGACCUGCUUCUUCCAACUGCGCCUGCCUCCCUACUCCAGCCAGGAGGUGAUGGCUGAGAGACUGCGCUACGCCAUCCAGCACUGCCGCUCGAUCGACAUGGAUAACUACAUGUUGGCGCGCAACACCGACACGGCGCAGCCAUCUGAUGACGAGUAUGAGUGACACGCAACGUGUGCGCGUCUGUGAUCGUCUGCUACUGCUGCUGCUGCUGCUGUUGCUGCUGUUGCUACUGCUACUGCUGCUGCUGGUGGUGGUGGUGGUGGUGGUGGUGGCUGAUGCAGCUACUUAAUCGUGUGAUUACUGUAGCAGCAGCUAAAUGUCGUACUGGCGGAUUUGGCAGGAUAAACGCAGGUCACCGCUGAGGGCGGUGUCGUUGCCAGAGAUCUAUGGCAGAGCGUUCGCUGAUAAAGUUGAAUAUAUGUGAGCCUUCACGGAAGACGACUUACUAGUCAUCAUUAUCUCUGCAUUAACGGUUAAAUUAUAUAAUUAUUGUAAUAUGAUAUUAGAUUACAUCACGCAGGAUUUCGUUAUAAUGCAGUCGCGAGAUUAGCAAUAUUACCCCCCACCCCCGUUGUUAUUUGCGUAUGUUCAGUAUAUACUGCUCUCUGAGUAUAUAGACUCGACUGAUGUUCAAGCAAGGAGGAAUCGCCGGUGUUGCCGGCAUGGUAACGGGUUCAAAGGGCAGCAGAUGACCGCAUCGUCUCGAUUGUGUCUGUAACCUUUCUGUGAUGAAAUGUACAGUAGGACUUAGCUGGUCUUGGACAUUGUGAGUUAGCGGAAUUCAGUCUAUUCCACGCCUAGUAAUUGCAGAUAUACAAAGGAAUGAAGAUAAAUCAAUGAAAUCGCCCACGGGUUUGUAUACGGUAAACUGAACGUGGUAAUGGAACGAACUGUGUCUGUCACCCAGUGUGUACAUUGGGUUCGCACUGAGUAGGUAUCGCAGUACCUUCUUCAAAAUAUCAGCUUAUGGAGGGUAAAAUGAAAUGUCAUUGGGGAUGUGCUCGUUAGAUGUCGCCUUUUAGCGGGAGUGAAGAGUGAAGGGUGGGUGCUUCGUGGUUGUCUAGCAGCACUUAUCGUGACACUUUCGCGCUCAUUAAGCGAGCUGAGUGCCGAGGAACUGCAAAUCCGCCGACUACUUUACACACACACGCACACGCACACGCACACGCACACGCGAGAACGCACGCACACACACCUGCAAACACGAGAGCAUACACGCGCACGCACACCCGAGCACGCACAUACGAGCAUACACGCGCGCUCCCAUGAGCACGCACAAACGAAGACACACACGAAGACACACACGCGCGCUCCCAUGAGCACGCCCACACGAAGACACGC